AGGCCCGGAGGAAGGGGGCGGGACUUCAGGGAUUCUAGGGCGUUUAGAUCCCGCAAACCCGCUAAUGGCCACAGCUCCAAGGGAAGAGGCAGGCUUACAGAAUUAAAGGAGAACGAGUGCUUCGGCCAAACCAAGUCCUGAGUCCUCAGCGGCGGGAGAGACCUGGUACCUUUAAGACGUAAUGAAGUAACUGUGUUUAAAGGAGAAGUGACUGAGUCGGCCAAGUAUUGCCCAGCGACACGAGCAGGGUGCCCGCCUGUGCCUUUAAAGCCGAACGGGCAGGAGGCGGAGCGGAGGCGGAAGGCGGAGGGAGUCGGCGCAAGAUGGCGGCGGGAGGGGCCCAAGCUGCGGCUCUGGCGGCCGAGUGAGGGGCGGGGGGGCCCCGGGGCGCGCGGCCCGAGACCCCCCCGGCCGCCCUCCUCCUUCCCUUGUUCCUGUGGCUGGGGGGGUACCACCUCCCUCCACCCUCCACACCAUGGAGCCAUCUCCUUUGUCUCCAAGUGGGGCAGCACUCCCUGUGCCUCUGUCGCUGGCCCCGCCCCCACUGCCCCUGCCUGCAGCUGCAGUGGUACACGUGUCCUUCCCGGAGGUAACCAGUGCCCUCCUGGAGUCCCUCAAUCAGCAGCGACUACAGGGCCAGCUCUGCGAUGUGUCCAUCCGAGUGCAGGGCCGGGAGUUCAGAGCUCAUCGUGCUGUCCUGGCUGCCUCCUCCCCUUACUUCCACGACCAGGUCCUACUCAAGGGCAUGACCUCCAUCUCACUGCCCAGCGUCAUGGACCCAGGCGCCUUCGAGACUGUCCUGGCUUCAGCUUACACUGGUCGCCUCAGCAUGGCCGCUGCUGACAUUGUCAACUUCCUCACAGUGGGUUCUGUGCUCCAAAUGUGGCACAUUGUGGAUAAAUGCACGGAGCUCCUUCGCGAAGGUCGGGCCUCUGCCACCACCACCGUGACCACGGCUGCAGCCUCCUCAGUCACUGCCCCUGGUGCUGGGGUUCCAUCAGGGAGUGGGGCCACUGUGGCCUCUGCCACCGUGGGCUCUGUGCGCUCCCAUGCCUCCAGUCGGGCCAGUGAGAAUCAAUCCCCCAGCAGCAGCAACUACUUCAGCCCCCGAGAGUCUACUGAUUUCUCAUCUUCCUCCCAAGAGGUGUUUGCGGCUUCUGCAGUGGGCAGCGGGGAGCGUCGAGGAGGUGGCCCUGUAUUCCCAGUCCCUGUGGUUGGCAGUGGGAGCGCUACCUCUGGGAAGCUGCUACUGGAGGCAGAUGAGCUGUGCGAUGAUGGUGGGGACGGCAGGGGUUCGAUGGUUCCUGGGGCGGGGCUCCGACGGCCCACCUAUGCGCCCCCCAGCAUCAUGCCACAGAAGCACUGGAUAUAUGUAAAGCGGGGUGGAAGCUGCCCAGCAUCAGCGCCCCUGGUUUCCCAAGACCAAGAUCUGGAAGAGGAGGAGGAGGAAGACCUGGUUUUGACCUGUGAGGAUGAUGAAGAAGAGGAGCUAGGGGGAGGGUCGGGGGUUUCAGCGGGGGGAGGACCCGAGGCCACCCUUAGCAUAAGUGAUGUCCGGACCCUGACUGAGCCUCCAGGCAAGGGAGAGGAGCAGGUGAAUUUCUGUGAGUCCUCCAAUGACUUUGGCCCCUAUGAGGGUGGGGGUCCUGGGGCAGAGCUUGAUGAUUCAGGGAGGCCCACCCCUUCCUCCUAUGCCCCCUCCCUCCCAUCACGGCCCCUGCUUCCUGUAGACGUGCAGGGCAACCAGAUCCUAGUCUUCCCAUCGCCUUCCUCCUCCUCACAGGCUCCAGGCCAGCCGCCAGGGAACCAAGCUGAACACGGGGCUGUGACUCUGAGGGGCACAUCCGCAGGGAGCCUGGGUGUCCCGGGUGGCGCUGGUGGGACCCCUGGAGGGACAGGCAGCGGGGACGGGAAUAAGAUCUUUCUGUGCCACUGCGGGAAGGCCUUCUCCCACAAGAGCAUGCGAGAUCGUCACGUGAACAUGCACCUCAACCUGCGGCCCUUUGACUGCCCCGUGUGCAACAAAAAGUUCAAGAUGAAGCACCACCUGACCGAGCACAUGAAGACACACACAGGCCUCAAGCCCUACGAGUGCGGCGUCUGCGCCAAGAAGUUCAUGUGGCGGGACAGCUUCAUGCGCCACCGUGGACAUUGUGAGCGCCGGCACCGCCUGGGUGGGGGUGGGGGCGGGGCUGGACCGGGACCCACAGGGCCAGCCUUGCCGCCCAAGAGAGAGUCCCCCGGGGUGGGCGCGGGCAACAUCGACGAGGGGAGUGGGGCCACGCCCCCGUUGGGCCGUGGGGUCUGGUCCCCACCGGGCGCUCACAAAGUGGAGAUGGGCUUCAGUGGGGGUGGAGGAGCAAACUAAAGGAGCGGGCUACGGGGGCAGUUUUCACGGCAGGAAACGGAGCACGAGCCGGAGCGCUGGGGCCCCGGUGCUCUCCCACUGCUGUUACUGUCUUCCUCAUCGUACGGACUUGUAUAUAUUCUGCAGGGGGCGCCACCUGGCGCCAUCACCACCCCGUCCCACUCAGCCCCUCCCCCUCCAAUAUCCGGAAAUUCAGCCCUUCCUCUCCCUCAGGGCGCACCGAAGCCCGGGCUCCAGAACAGGGCGCACGUGGUGGGGGGAGGGAGAGGGCGCCUGUUGAGCUUCCUGGAGUCCCAGGGUCAAGGGUCAGGUGGUUGUAAAGUCGGUGUUGUUGUGGGGACCAGGCCUGGAGCCCCAUCCUUGUCCGAGACCCCUCCCCCAAGGAUGUGCUCCUUAAAUCUACCCUAAUCACUCCCUUUCCUUGGGGCCCCUCAACUCGUGGAGACAGGGAGGGAGGGAGUCGUAGGAGUACAAGGUUUUUAUUUUAAAUCUUAUUUUUUUUAAACGGUGAUUAAAAUAUUUAUUGGUCGUUUCACUUGGCUUCCCACAACCCCUAUGUGUUUGCUGGGGACCCGGCACAGGUAGGGGAAGGCGGGGUAAUGGUUCUCAAGGAAGUGGAUUCUGCGGGGAGGAGGCGGGAGGAGGAGCCUAGGGUUGGGCUGGGCUCGGGCUCAGAGGUGCG